CCAGUCUGCGCGCUUCUGUCCCCGCGCGCUUCGGUCCCCAGCUCCGGGAACCAGGUCUUUUCUUCCCAGCGCGCCCAUCGACCAUGGAUGGCAGCUCUCUGCUCUCGGUCCCAAGCCAUGUGGGUAGUUGAGCCAAACUCACCCACCUGCCUCUCUGCUGCCUUGCCCGCCAGGAACCACUCCCAGGAAUCCAGCAACUCAGAGUCACCACUGAUGUGUGAGGUUCCAGCACCCCAGCCGGGCGGGGCCAGCGGCAGCUCAGGAAGCAGCCUGGGGAGCUCCAUCACGGCCUGUAAGAAGGUGCUUUGCAGCAAUAGCCUGCUCGAGUCUACAGACUACUGGUUGCAGAAUCAGAGGACACCCUGCCAGAUUGGGUUCGUGGAAGACAAGUCCGAAGACACAGCUUGCGCUUCCGUCUGCUUUGUGAACCUGGAUGUGAACAAGGAUGAGUGCAGCACAGAGCACCUGCAGCAGUAUCCUUGGCUGCCAGACAUCUGCUUGGUCCAGUGUGCAAGGGGGAACAGAUCAAACAGUACCAACUGCAUCAUCUUUGAAAUCAACAAAUUUUUGAUUGGCCUGGAAUUGGUUCAGGAGCGGCAGCUCCACCUGGACACAAACAUCUUGAAGGUGGAGGAUGACACGAACUGUUCCCUGUCUUCAAUCGAGGAAGACUUUCUCACCGCAUCUGAGCACCUGGAGGAGGAGAGUGAGGUGGAAGAAUACAGGAACGGUUAUGAGAAUAUAAAUGUUUCAGCCAAUGUUAUGGAAAGUAAAAAGCUGAAGGAAAUCACUCAGGAGGACUGGGAUUACAAUAAGGAAAAGUCACUUUAUACUUUGGAAGACAAAUACAUUAGCAAAUACCACAUGUCGUUGAUUAAAACAGAAACAUCUCUGGGAAAAGUAGCAGAAGACACAACUUUGCAGAGUCUAGAGCCAUCAGCUAAGCUAUCAGGGUGGAAAGGUGAAACUGCGGGGAAAGAGACGACAGCCACCAAUUACUAUUAUUCAGAAAAUUUUAAAGAUCAAGUGGAAAAAUUGCAGGCACUCUGUAUUCCAGGCAAUGCUUAUUUCUCCAAGGUGGUUAAGAAAGAUGGACCUUCUGCCCAUGGCACUGUCAUGGAGCAUGACCACAAGUUAGACCCAGGAGACCAUGAAGAUGGAACAAAUUCUCUUCUUCCCAUACAAGAUGGAGAAGCCACAACCGGCGAGUAUGCUACAAAUUUAGCAGAAUCUGUGCUGCAAGAUGCAUUUAUUAGAUUAUCUCAGUCUCAGCCUACACUACCCCAGGAAACUGCAGUCAGUGUCUCCGUAGGAAGUGCUCUGCUCCCGCGUAGCUGUUCCACAAAAGAUAUCGUGGUCCCUCAGUCAUGGAAUGAGCUCCCCAAAAUCGUCAUUGUUCAGAGUCCCGAUGGCAGUAAUGCUGCCCCUGAGCCUGACAUCUCUACGUGGCCUGAGAUGGAAGUCUCUUUUGAAAACUCAGGUGGCCCCUCUGGAGAGAAUGCCAGCAGACACCCCCAGAGCGCUCUAGAGGUAGCGUUAGCUUGUGCAGCCACCGUGAUUGGAACUAUUUCCAGUCCACAGGCCACAGAAAGACUGAAAAUGGAGCAAGAAUCCCUUAUUUCCAACCAUCCACCAGGUGGCAACGACCUACUGCACACUCAAGCAUCCCAAGUACUCAAGGAACCUUCCAUCAGCGAAUACUCGUUUCCAUCUGCUUUGUGUGGCAUGACUCAGGUGGCCAGUGCCGUCGCUGUCUGUGGCCUGGCUGAAGCAGGACAGGUGAAGUGCCCUGAAGCUUCAAGUGGAGUCUUGUCUGCAGCUGUGUCUUCUGCAGCAAUUCCUCCACUUUUUAAUUUAGCAACAGGGAGGGGCAUGGCGCUGGGAAAUGAGGCCAUUGCAGAGGCAUUGUUCAAAGAGGCCGCUCUGGUUUUAAUAAGGCCUGAUGCCUACAGCAGCAUUGGAGACCUCAUGGAAUCAAUGCACAGAAGAAUUAUGGAAACGGCUUCCAAGCCUCAGAUCUUGUGCUCAGAAAAUGCGCUUGGAAAUGAACUGGCACAUGCUCUGUCCAAUAUGAUUCUGAAGCACUGCAUUGAUGAAAUUCCCCAGCAAAGUAAAAGAAUCGACCCCAAAGGCACGCAUUCAUCUGAAACUCUGGACAUCUUAAUGGAAAGUAUCAAUCAACUGCUCUUCAAUGUGAUAUGCUUCACACUCAAGAAGAUGAGCCAUAUUGUACAGCAUGGUGAAUGCCCCACUCUCCUUUCUAAGGAAACCAUUGGAUGGAGGGAAACAGAACUAGGCAACCAGCCACCUGAUCAGGCUGCUAGUCAAGCAUGGACUAAAGCCACUGAAUACUCCAGCAGCCAUCCACAUAUUCAUCCACGUAGCACUAGUCUUGUUAUCAAUGACCUUGUAGAGGACAUGCCUCCAAAGCAAGACAGCAAGGGUUCAGCAAAGCCAGGCCUCUUCCAGAACCCCAUGCUGCAAUCUGAAUUGUCUUAUAGUCCCAGAAUGCCUGGUUCUUCAACUGCUAAAAUAUUCUCCAAGGAAAUCUAUCUGAAAGGAACCAUGGGAAAGGAUAUAAUAAACCCAUAUGAGACACUGAGUCACAAUGAGAAUGAAUGCAGAGCCUCUUCAGAGGGAGAAAGGACACGGGUAGCCACCAAAUGCAGCAGCGGUUCCCAGGAUGCUGAGGACAGCUGCAGUCCCAACAUCCAAGAGAAGUACAAUUGUGCUUCACUUCUAAACAAUGAAGUUCAAGUUAAUCUGUCUUUGUUAGGGAGUGACUUGCUGCUUCCUGCUCAGUCCAUGCUGCAGGCAAAACACACAGAGGUAUACAGCAUUACAGACUUUGCCGAAGAAUUAGCAGAGACCAUUGUCUCCAUGGCAACUGAAAUCGCAGCAAUUUGCCUUGACAACUCAAAGGGAAAACAACCCUGGUUUUGCGCGUGGAAAAGAGGGACCGAGUUUCUGGUUACCCCGAACCUAACCUGCCGAUCUUUGAAGAGGAAGGAGAGUCAGGCCAGUGGGGCCGCUGUGAGGAAACACAAGCCACCACGGCUCAGUGAGAUCAAGAGGAAAACAGAUGAGCACCCGGAGCUUAAAGAGAAGCUGAUGAACAGGGUUGUGGACGAGUCAAUGAACCUUGAGGACACCCAAGAUUCUGUCAGUGUCUUUGCAAACGAAGUAGCAGCCAAGAUCAUGAACCUGACAGAGUUUACCAUGGUGGACGGCGUCUGGCAAGCCCAGAGCUUUCCCCGGAAUCGGUUACAGAGUGGAGACAGGUGGAACCGGCUGAAGGCCUCCAGCUGUGAAAGCAUUGCCGAGGAGGACUCUAAUGCCAGGGCCUAUGUCAACAGCCUGGGUUUAAUGAGCACCCUAAGUCAGCCAGUGAGCAGGGCCAGCUCUGUCUCCAAGCAAUCGAGCUGUGAGAGCAUCACCGAUGAGUUUUCCAGGUUCAUGGUGAAUCAGAUGGAGAAUGAAGGAAGAGGAUUUGAGUUGCUGCUGGAUUACUAUGCAGGCAAGAAUGCCAGCAGCAUUGUGAACUCAGCUAUGCAGCAGGUGUGCCGGAAAAAUGACCACCUCAGUGUGAGGUCAAGCUGUCCCUCUAAGCAGUCCAGCACAGAGAGCAUCACUGAGGAGUUCUACAGGUACAUGCUGAGGGACAUUGAAAGAGAAAGCAAAGAGAACGCCUUCUCCAGACGCAGCAGCCAGGAUUGGACGGCUGGUUUAUUGUCACCUUCUCUGCGAUCCCCACUGUAUUACAGACAGUCGUCUAUGCCAGAUGGCAGAUCCCUGGGCGCCAGGCUGACAGUGAAUGUGCCAUUCAAAGCCAACUCCUUAGAUGGCUUUGCUCAAAACAACCAGCGAGAUUUCCUGAGCGUACAGCCAGUCAGCAGUGCUUCCUCAACGGGGCUCUGCAAAUCUGAUUCUUGCUUGUAUCGCAGAGGUGGAACUGACCAGAUCACAGCCAUGUUAAUUCAUGAGACAUGGGCAAACUCAAUCGAGGCCCUCAUGCGGAAGAACAAAAUUAUAGUGGAUGAUGCCCAGGCUGAUGCUGAGCCUGUUUCUGGUGGCCCUUCCUUGCAAGUGGACAAGUGUGCAAACAGGUUAGCUUCGAGCAGAGUGCAAAGUGGGCCAAUUCUUCUUGUCCAGGAGUCUAUUGAUUACCAGAGGAAAGACUCUGUUACCGAAAGCCAACAUCCCCCAGUGUCCUCUCCAAGCAAAGCUGCUUCUCUUAGUUUCAAUUCUAAAAAGGAAAGUUCCUUGUGCCAUGAUGGUGUCUCUAUAAACCACACCAGGCAAUCACUUUGUUCAAGGGAAGUGCCUUUGAUUCAGAUUGAAACAGAUCAGAGAGAAGAGUGUGCUGGUGAACCUGAACACAACCUUUCCAAGUGUGGCCCCCUGGAAGGAGCAGAGGAGCAUUUGAAAGACGAUGAGAAAGUCCCAGAUGUGGUGAGGGGUAGAGACACGGAGAAGAAAAACUGCCAAAACUACGGUGACAGCCUUGAUGCCAGCAACGUACCAGAGGCUGAAGUCCCGACAGAAGGCAGAGCCCCGGAUGAGGUUCCCAACCCUCCCGUCAGCAGUGGAGAGAGCACAGACAGCUGGUCUCAGCUUGCCAACGAGGAGGACAACCCAGACGACACAAGUAGCUUUCUGCAGUUCAGUGAGCGAUCCAUGAGAUGCAACCCAGGCUGGGUUUACAUGAGCAAUGGCAACAGUAGUGCCACUAGCAGUCUUGGCAUUAUGGACCUGGACAUUUAUCAGGAAAGCAUGCCAUCUUCUCCCAUGAUUAAUGAAUUAAUAGAAGAAAAGGAGAUUCUUAAAGGACAGUCAGAAAACAGAGAGGAAUGUGCCUCCGGAGCACCUGUGGGAGCCGCCAGCCGCCAGGGGAGCAUGCUGGUGAUCAACUUCGACCUGGAGCCAGAGUGUCCUGACGCGGAGCUUCGCGCCACUCUGCAGUGGAUCGCCGCCUCCGAGCUCGGGAUCCCGACCAUCUACUUUAAGAAAUCUCAGGAAAACAGGAUUGAGAAGUUUCUAGAUGUCGUGCGGCUGGUUCACCAGAAGUCCUGGAAAGUGGGGGACAUCUUCCACGCCGUUGUUCAGUACUGCAGAAUGCGCGAGGAGCAGAAAGAUGGGGCCCCGAGUCUCUUUGACUGGCUGUUGGGACUGGGAUAAGGCAGCUAGGCCCUGUACAGUAUUCCUUUUCUUUAUUCCACUUUAGAAUAUAGUGAUUUGUUCUAAAUGCUCUAAACUUUCUCAAACGUUGCAUCCCAUUAGCAGAGCUAUAAAAAAAUCUGCUGUUCAAGGCUACUGCCCAUGGAAUAAACCAGAGGAAAA